GUAUUCCAAGUAGUGAUAUGAAGACCGAUUUAAAGAAAGGCACAUGGAGUGCUGAAGAAGACCAGAAGUUGAUUUCUUAUAUCAGUAGAUACGGGAUCUGGAACUGGUCUCAAAUGCCCAAAUUUGCUGGUUUGUCGAGGAGUGGGAAGAGUUGCAGACUCCGAUGGAUGAAUUAUUUGAAUCCAAACUUAAAGAAAGGGGAAUUUUCUAAGGAAGAAGAAGAAUCCAUACUCCAUUUGCAUUCACUUCUGGGCAAUAGGUGGUCUGCCAUUGCAUCAAGACUUCCUGGAAGGACCGAUAAUGAUGUAAAAAACCAUUGGCAUUCACAUUUGAAGAAACAUGUGAGUAAACAAAACCAGCAAGAUUAUGAUAUGAGUAACUCAUCACCAGCAUUUGAGACUACUGCUGCUGCUGAUCAUCAUCAUCAUAUGCAUGAUGUUGAACAUGACAUGAUCUCUUCAUCUACUAACUCUGAAGAUCACCGACUCGAGUUCGGAGACAACUAUAUCGAUGUGGAUUCACCAGGAACCUUAGAUGAUCUUCAAUGUUUUUGGGACCAGCUUUGCCCAGUCGAGAACUUGGAGCUUAGAAACAUUAAUAUUCAUGACCAUAUGGAUGUGGUUUCUGAUCAUGUCUUUCAAGAUUCAAAUAAUGAUUUGAUAAGCUCGUACAUCUUGUAUAACACCGACUACAAUUGCAGUUUACUGUCUGACCCGUAGAUCAUCUUACGUAAAUGUAAUGGUAAGUUGUGGGUUUAAACUUAAAACAAAAAAAUUCCGUCAUUUGUCACUCCAAUAAGGCGGUUUGUAUCCAUGCGUAUUCUGGAAUUAUAAGACUUUGUAGAAAAUCUAGUUUUAUAUGAUGAUUGUGUUAAAA